CGCAGUGCGCAGCGCAGGGGCGGGGCCGGCCGUCAGCUGACUGUGGCGGCGGCGGCGUCGCGGGACCACCGACGGUUCGUGGCUCCGCGCGGAGGGUCGCCGGCGGGUCAGCUCUCUGCGGGCGAGACGCCGAGCCGGUCAGACCAUGGCGACCACCGUCAGCACGCAGCGCGGGCCGGUGUUCAUCGGGGAGCUCCCGCAGGACUUCCUGCGCAUCACGCCCACGCAGCAGCAGCAGCAGAUCCAGCUGGACGCUCAGGCGGCCCGGCAGCUGCAGUGCGGAGGGGCGUUGGGCAGUGUGGGCCGCCUCAGCAUCACCGUGGUGCAGGCCAAGUUGGCAAAGAACUACGGCAUGACCCGCAUGGACCCCUACUGCCGGCUGCGCCUGGGCUACGCGGUGUACGAGACGCCCACGGCCCACAACGGCGCCAAGAACCCGCGCUGGAAUAUCAUCCAGUGCACGGUGCCCCCGGGCGUCGACUCCUUCUACCUGGAGAUCUUCGACGAGCGGGCCUUCUCCAUGGACGACCGCAUCGCCUGGACGCACGUCACCAUCCCCGAGUCGCUGAAGCAGGGAAAGGUGGAGGAUGAGUGGUACAGCCUGAGCGGACGGCAGGGUGACGACAAGGAGGGCAUGAUCAACCUGGUCCUGUCCUACACGUCGCUGCCGGCUGCCAUGGUGAUGCCGCCUCAGCCUGUGGUCCUCAUGCCCACCGUGUACCAGCAGGGUGUCGGCUAUGUCCCCAUCACAGGGAUGCCCGCCGUCUGCAGCCCCGGCAUGGUGCCCAUGGCCCUGCCCCCAGCCGUGAGCGCCCAGCCCCGCUGUAACGAGGAGGACCUGAGAGCCAUCCAGGACAUGUUCCCCAACAUGGACCGGGAGGUGAUCCGCUCCGUGCUGGAGGCCCAGCGAGGCAGCCGGGACGCCGCCAUCAACUCCCUGCUUCAGAUGGGCGAGGAGUCCUAGAUGCGCCCCGUGCCUCGCUGCAGCCCGGACCCGUGGGCCAGGCGUCCCCGGGAGCCCCGCCCCAAGCCGAUUCCUGUGAAAGCGCCGUGUCGCCCCCCCCCAACAUCCGCGUCCCCGUCCCCUCCCUUGUCGGUGCAUGUGGUCUUCAUCCCACAGCUGCUCUCAGCGUCGAUUGGGUUGGGUGGGUGGCUUCCCUCUUGCUUCACAUCGGAGAAGAGCCGACCGUGGCGUGUCCCGUGUACCCUCGCUGGCUUCCCGCCCCCGGGCACGUGUGUUCCCCCUCUCGCCGCCCGGGAGGCUCUCCUGGGAGCAUCUGUCCCGCCAGGGCCUUAGCGCUGAGCCGCCUCCGGUUUGAUUGCUGGCCUGCGAUGACGCCACCUGAGCCGGGAGACUCGUGAGUUUAAGGCACGUAGAGUCCACGAGCAGCUGGCCUGGGGUUAUUGUUAGAACUUUCAGGCUGAGGGCGCCUCUCCUUCCCUCGGUGUGCUCUGUGGCCUGCUGACCAGGGUCUGGGCUGGCCUCGCCCGCGGGCGUGCAGAGCCGUUGUCCUCAGCUCUGGAGGCCCCUGAAGUCUCUCCUGCUGUUUCACACUGAGUCUGCGCAGCGUGCUUCCGAGAGGCAGGGGUUGCAGCCCCUUGCUGUGACCCCCUCUUGCUGCAGAACCUGAGGCUGCAGGUGUGAGAAGUCGGUCCAGUACUUUGUUUUGUUUAUUAAAGGGCAUUUAGGAACCGCUGGC